UCGAGCUGUCCUGGCCUCAACUCCACUCUGCUGCAACCUACAUUCUUGAGAAAUUCCCUUCCUGUCACUCCUCCGCCCUCCGCCCACCCGUACAAUGGGCAUCCUCUACCACGCGAUCAGAAUCCCCAAAGCCAUCACCAUAACCUUCUUCCUCAACAUUCUCGCUCACGCCAGAUUCCUCUUCAUAGGCUUGCUCACGCAUCUGGGUCUCUUCAAGCCGCCCCCCGAAGAAAACCCUAAUUCCCGACACAACUCCAACAACUACAUUCUCAUACUCGACCCCUCCUCCCCUUCUCUCGUCCCCAUUCCGGUUCACGUCGUCACCGCCGCCAUCAAGAACAGAGUCCCCAUUGUUCGGUACCGCGAUUUUCUCCUCCGCCGUGAAGGGGAAGAGGAGAGGGAAGAAAAGGGGUCGUGUGGGCAAACGACGUGCAGUAUUUGCUUGGAGUGUGUACAAGGGAGCGAUGAGAUCAGAGAGCUCUGCAACUGUAGACAUUUGUUCCAUAGGGAGUGUUUGGAUACUUGGAUUGAUCAGGGAGAGGUGAAUUGCCCCUUGUGUAGGUCCAUGUUGUUGCCUCCCAAACUCAGUCUUUUCAGAUGUAAUGAGAAUGGAGAUGGGGUUCUUGGAAGUAAUAAUAGUACUUGAUUCUUGAUUGAUUGCAAUUCUUUCAUCUGUAAUGUUUGCAGUGGAAA